AUGGAUAGAUUGGCAACGAGGGAUCAACUUAUGAAAAGAAACAUCAUUGCAAAUAUUGACAUGAGCUUAUGUGUGUUUGGUUAUGGUUUUGCUGAAAACUCCAACCACCUGUUUCUGAACUAUGCAUUCCUAGCAAGGGUUUGGAAGAAGAUCAUGGAGUGGUUAGGUAUAGAUGUACCAUUAGGGACAGGCUUCUGUGAUCAUUUUUUGCAGGUUAUGAAUGCCUUAAGGAAAUCUUGCUCACUAAGGAGAGCUGCAGGUAUAUGGAUGGCAACUUGCUGGUGCAUAUGGAAACAACGUAACGACAUUAUAUUUAACAAUGUUGUAGGUGAUGUAGAUGAAAUUGUUCAUAGUGUGAAGAUGUUCACUUGGUGGUGGUUAGCACUAGGUUCAAAACAGAGAGUGAUUUGUAAUUUCUAUGAAUGGUUCCACACUCCUUUAGAUUUUGCUUAA